AUGAGCUUUGAAAAGGGGCAAAGUGGCGAGAAAUCGACACCAGAUCCAAGCACGACGUCAAGUUUCGAUGGUGGAGUGAAGAAAGUGUCAGGGAUUGAUGCGGACUCUGAAACUUGUGCCCCACCAUUGCAUUUAGCAGUGAAUGAUGUACCGGAUGCAAAAGGAAUGCUAUUGUUUGGUUGUCAGCAAAUGUUGUUGUGCAUCUCUGGGAUGUUAGUUUUACCGUUUUUAGUCUCAGAUAUUGCAUGUGCUGGCGACAAAACGAUCGAGUUAAGAGUGCAACUGAUCUCAUCGACUUUUGUCGCCUCUGGAGUGGCCACGUUGAUGCAAACGACUUUCGGGCUACGUCUAUCAAUCCUACACGGUCCAUCGUUUGCCUUUAUCCCAGCACUAUCAGUCUACAAAUCAUUGCCAGAGAACACUUGCCCGUACUCUAGAACCGAUCAGGCGCCUGAGGAUUUCUGGAUGAGCCGAAUUAGAGCCAUGGAAGGCUCGUUGCUGAUCUCUUCGUCUUGCCUCUUUCUAUUAGGCGCAUCGGGAUUGGUGGGGAAAAUAUCGAGAAUGGUUGGCCCACUCUGCAUCGCUCCGUUAAUGGUAUUGUUAGAGAUUGGCACUGUGCCAACCCUAAUCGAAAAGAUGAGUCUCCACUGGGUCUCGCUUGUCGAAUUCUUCGUCGUUAUCCUCCUCGCGGUCAUCCUCGAGCCAUACGCUGUCCCGAUCCCAUAUUUCUCGAUCAGAAAGCGGAAAAUUCAAUUUACAAGAGCUAGAAUCUUCGGAAUGUUUCCAUAUCUAAUGUCUUUGCUAAUGGUGUGGUUUCUUUGCUGGAUUCUCACCGUCACCAAUUUUGAGCCACCAGAGGGUGAAGCACGAACGGAUAAAAAUCAAACGGUUGAAGUGAUCUCGAAUGCUCCAUGGUUUCAUAUACCGUAUCCAGGACAAUUCGGUCGUCCUGGCAUCGACGCAUCACUUCUGUGCGGUUUCCUCGCCUCAGCUUUCGCGUGUUUACUAGAGAACCUUGGCGACUACGAGAUGGUGGCAAAAGUCUCUCAGCAGCGCCAUCCUCCAGGAGCCGCUGUGAAUCGAGGAAUCAUGAUUGAAGGUCUUGGCUCGAUUUUGGCUGGAGCGAUGGGGAUCGGUGCUGGGGUGACAACGUAUGCUGAGAAUAUUGCAUUGAUGCAUAUCACUAGAGUAGCUUCACGAGCAACAAUGCAAGUGGCAGGGAUACUUUGCAUCAUCAUCGGACUCUUUACGAAAGUGGCUGCUGUUCUAGCUUCAGUUCCGGAUGCAAUUGUUGGCGGAUUGCUCGGCAUUGGAAUGGCGAUGAUUAUGGGCGUAUCAAUAAGCAAUUUGAGGACAGUGAACAUGCAACUCUCAAGAAAUGUGGCCGUCCUUGGAUUAUCUCUAUUAUCCGGUUUAGCAAUUCCCGAUUAUUUUGAGAAGCAUCCUCCAAAAACUGGCAAUGCAACAGUCGAUCAAGUUCUGAUCACAAUGCUCUCAAUUCGAAUGCUAAUCGGUGGACUAAUCGCUUUCAUUUUGGAUAACACAGUGCCCGGUGUUACCAAAUUUCAACGUGGUUUCCCGCCAGCUGGUGAAAAGCAUGCAAUGGUGCCAUUGGAAGAAGACGGUUAUGCUUUCCCACCUUUUAUCAAUCGGAUCUUCAAUCGUUUCCCUUUCCUCAGCUAUUUUCCAUUUUUACCUUCUCAAGCCGAUUUGAAAAAAACAAUCGCUGAGGAGAUUGUGGCGAAGAAAUCUCUGGAAAAUCAACCGGUU